CAUGUACUGUAUGUGGAGCAGUGUACAGUGGAGCGGAGGCAGAGCGGCUCCGCGAGCUCCUCUCCACUUUCCCAUAGAGAAGCCCUGACUGGCCGCUGAGGGCGAGCCACACACACGCCCUCACGCCCCGGCGAGCCCGCGAGGUAGGCGCCCCCAGUCCGCAGCCCUGCCGGGGCGCUCUCCCCGCACUUUCUCUUUUCCUACUCACUUGCGAGCCGCCGGGCUGCAGCCCCAAGGACUCCGCGGCAGGAGCAGCGGCGGCGGCAGCCGGUCACUAUCAUAUGACAAAGGCUCUGCUGCAGCUCAUCAUCCUUCCUGUGUUCUUCCCAUUUACCUUCCUGGAAUCCUGCUACAUCACAGAAGCCAGAGGUUCUGAUGUUCCAUUGAAAUCACAAUGGAAAAUCUUGACUUGACUGGUCACAGUAAUGAAAGGAAAUAAUAGAAAUAAAGAUCAUUCAGCAGAAGGAGAAGAGGCUGGAAAACGACCCAAACGAAAGUGUCUUCAGUGGCAUCCAUUGCUAGCCAAAAAACUUCUCGACUUUUCAGAAGAGGAAGAAGACGACGACGAAGAGGAAGAUAUUGACAAAGUUCACCUUUUUGGGGCCGAUGGCCCAGAGCAAGAUGUUGGUGAGACUGAAGAUGAUGAAUCACCAGAACAGCGUGCCCGGAGACCAAUGAACGCAUUUCUUUUAUUUUGCAAGCGCCAUCGCUCCCUUGUCCGGCAGGAACAUCCUAGGCUUGAUAACCGAGGUGCUACCAAGAUACUAGCUGAUUGGUGGGCUGUUCUUGAUCCAAAGGAAAAGCAGAAAUAUACAGACAUGGCCAAGGAGUAUAAAGAUGCAUUUAUGAAAGCAAAUCCUGGCUACAAAUGGUGUCCUACUACAAACAAGCCCGUGAAAUCACCAACAUCCACUGUCAAUCCACGAAAGAAACUUUGGGCAUUCCCAUCUGACUCUUCAAGAGACUUGCCAACCCCCAAGAAAGCAAAGACUGAAGAAAUUCCUCAGCUUAACUUUGGAAUGGCUGAUCCUACUCAGAUGGGAGGCCUGAGCAUGCUGCUGUUAGCUGGAGAACAUGCUCUUGGCUCGCCAGAGAUAUCCUCUGGGACUUGCAGGCCUGAUGUUCCAGAGUCACCUGAGUUGCGUCAGAAGUCACCAUUGUUUCAGUUUGCUGAGAUAUCUUCAAGUACAUCCCACCCUGAUGCUCCUACAAAACCACAAUGUCAAACAUCGGCCUUGUUUCAGUUUGCAGAGAUCUCUUCAAACACCUCACAGUUGGAUGGUGCUGAGCCUGCAAAACGCUGUGGAAAGUCUGCACUCUUUCAACUGGCAGAGAUGUGCCUGGCAUCAGAGGGGGUGAAAAUGGAAGAAACAAAACAAAUUAAAGCAAAAGAAUCAGAUGUUGGAAGAAUUAAAGAACUAGAGAAAGGGAAGGAAGAAAGAGAAAUAAAAAUGGAGAAAACAGAUGAAGUCGGGUUACCAAAGGAAGCAGAAUUUGAGAAAUCAGCUAAAGAAAAUGGAAGAGAGUCUAAGGACUUAAGAAAUUUUGAGGAGCUACAAAUGGAUAAUGUAAUGGCUAUAAAAAUGGAAGACCCCAAAGAAAUUAGAAAGGAAGAAUUAGAGGAAGACCAAAAAUAUAGUCACUUCUCUGAUUUUUCUUACUCUGCCAGUAGCAAGAUAAUAAUCAGCGAUGUUCCCAGUAGAAAGGACCACAUGUGCCACCCUCAUGGAGUUAUGAUCAUUGAGGAUCCCUCCGCACUGAACAAACCAGAAAAGACAAAAAAGAAAAAGAAGAAAAGCAAAAUGGAUCGGCAUGGAAACGAUAAAUCUACACCCAAGAAGCCUUGCAAGAAGAGGCAAUCUUCAGAAUCCGAUAUUGAGAGCGUCAUGUACACCAUUGAAGCUGUUGCAAAAGGAGACUGGGGUGCCGACAAACUCGGAGAAACCCCAAGAAAGAAGGUCCGCACGUCCUCGGGUGGCAAGGGAAGCAUUUUGGAUGCUAAGCCACCAAAGAAAAAAGUGAAAUCAAGAGAGAAGAAGAUAUCAAAGGAGAAGUGCUCAGACAUCACCAAAGAGUCAAGACCUCCGGAUUUCCUUGGUAUUUCUGCCAGCAAGAGCAUUUCUGGUGAGGUGCCAGAGGGUAUAAAAGCAGAGCCAUUGACCCCCACCGAGGAUGCACUGCCACCCAGCCUGUCGGGACAGGCCAAACCCGAGGACAGUGACUGUCACAGAAAAAUAGAGACCUGUGGCUCCAGAAAAUCGGAGAGGUCUUGCAAAGGUGCUCUUUAUAAAACCCUGGUGUCUGAGGGCAUGCUCACGUCUCUGCGAGCUAAUGUUGACAGAGGUAAACGAAGCUCAGGAAAAGGAAAUUCCUCUGAUCAUGAAGGGUGUUGGAGUGAAGAGAGCUGGACGUUUAAUCAGAGUGGGACCAGUGGGAGCAAGAAGUUCAAGAAGACCAAGCUAAGAGAAGACUCUCUUCUUGGCUCUGCAAAGCUGGAUGAAGAAUUUGAAAAGAAAUUCAACAGCCUCCCCCAAUACAGUCCUAUUGCAUUUGACCGGAAAUGUGUAUCUAUCCCAAGGAAAAAGAAGAAGACUGGAAACAUGUCCUCAGAACCUACCAAAACCAGCAAAGGUCCUUUCCAGUCUCAGAAAAAGAACUUAUUCCACAAAAUUGUCAGCAAAUAUAAGCACAAAAAGGAGAAGCCUAAUGCUCCAGAAAAAGGAAGUGGGGAUAAAUGGUCGCACAAGCAAUUCUUCUUGGAUGCCAUUCACCCUACAGAAGCCAUAUUUUCAGAAGAUAAAAUCACCACAGAGCCUGCUCAUAAGGUUAAAAAUGCCCUAUCCAUUCCCGUCACUUCAGAGCCAACAACAAUGCAAGAACCUUUGGUGGGCAGUCAAAAGAGAAAAGCAAGGAAAACCAAGAUCACACACCUUGUCAGAACAGCAGAUGGCCGGGUAUCACCAGCAGGAGGUACUUUGGAUGACAAACCAAAGGAACAACGGCAGAGGAGUCUCCCUAAAGCACCUGAAACAGACCGCAGUGAUUGCUCACACAGUGCUGAGGUGGAGGAAUCACGGAGCCAUACUCCAGAAAUGCCUGCCGUGUCUGCGUUCUUUAGCCUUGCAGCCCUGGCUGAGGUGGCGGCCAUGGAGAAUGUGCACAGAGGUCAGAGGUCAACUCCGCUCACCCAUGACGGACAGCCAAAAGAAAUGCCACAGGCUCCUGUACUUAUUUCUUGCGCCGACCAGUGAAGCGCCCUUUAAUUGUAAAACAUUGUGCUUUACCUACUACCCUAGCCUUGUCUUUACCAAGGGAUGCUAGCGAGUUCAUGUGGUGGGAAAUGCAGACUGCAAACAAGUGUUUGUUGCCCCACACAGCCCAGAUUCACUUGAAGCAGAACUUUGCGUCCUGGGCCCAUCUGUUGUUUCGUAAGCCAGAAUCUUUGAGGGCUGUGUUACCUGUGUGAUACUGAGUGGAAGCAGUGACCUGGAGCUUUGCUUUCCAUGAAUGGCUUUUGGUGGUAACCAGUGGUAACUCGGUAAAAGGCUGCCUUCAGUAUAGCUCAUCCAGCAUCUCUUUUACCAACCAGAGAGUGUGAAACUAGUUUCAUAUAUUACCUAGUUAUUCUUUCAAAACAAAAACAAAAAACAAAAAAACUGACGCACUGCACUAGUUAUUAUUAGAUAUUCUUAGUCUUUUUUGUACAUGGAGAUUUAAGUUCUAAGAUGGUUUAUAUAAUAGGUUAUACCUACAUUUAUAUUGUAGAAUAAAUAUUAAAAAGCCUGUACCAGAGACUCCCAAGCAGCAUGGUCAGGCAGACGUACCAUUGUUAGCGGUGUAUGCUCGGCCUUGUGGUCCAUAUAUUCUGCACUUUUAUAUUUGCCACCAGAGUGGUAGUUUGCUGACAGAGAGAGAGAGAGAGAGAGAGAGAGAGAGAGAGAGAGAGAGGAGAUUGAUUGAGAAAGAGAAUAUUAACAAUUCUUACAAUCUGAAUUUUUUCUUAGCCUUGAGUGACCAAGAAGAAUUUGCUUGGGGCAAAUUGUGGCAAAUAUUUUCCCAGACAGGGGAAGCAUCCUGCAGAUUACAGAUUACUGAUGUUUUCAUGCCUUGAGGAUUCUUUUAUUUUUACACAGGGGUCUAAGUGACCAAUGGAUCGUUCAUACAAACAAACAAAAAAAGACAAAAAUAUUAUUCAGAAGUGACCUUAGUAUUACUUCACUAUUCUAAACACAUUGAAGACACUCACUUCAAGUGGACUUGCAGCUUCAGACCUUUUCCAUCCAUCACAGACUGGACGGGUUGCGAUUGCUAUGCACGGCCUAAUUGGCAUUGCAGGUUGUAGAGCCAUUUCGAGUUUGUAUUGUUUAGGAGGUUUUAAGUAAAUGAUGAGGGAGGUGUGUCUGAAGUACAUCUCUCAGUCAGAGCCACCUGCAAGUUUCUGUUUCCUUUUUAUAUUUUUUUCUUUCUUUUUACUUUUAAGUAUAAAACCAACCAUAUGCCAGUGCCAAGUGGAUUAACUGGCUUAGAACAUUCAACAUAUUGACUUAACCACCUGACGUUCACAGUGUCUUGUUUCCUAGCAACAGAUGCAAAGUGAUAAAUCAAAAUUAAUCUGAGGCUACAGAUUUUACAGGGUAUUUGUUCCAUAGCACAAAGUAUUUCCCUACUCUUACAUCACAGCACAAACUACCAAAUUUUAAUUUUUGGAUUCCAGCAAUAAUUUUUAAUGAUUUUCAAACUGGUGGAGUUUUGAUAGUAUUAGUUGGAGUUUGAAGCUUUUGAAUUAGAUCUCUAAAUGGUGACAGUUUACAUGGUUUUAUCUAGCUUUCUUAUUUAUACUUGACUGAAUUGUAAUGAUGAUGAUUUUUUUUUCUAAUUGUAAUUUGACCUUAUGGCCAUAUAAAAAUGAUUGUAUUAAUACUGUCUAGGCUUAGCUUCUGUGGUUGUAGAUAUUACUUCAGUUUCGGUGCUGGAAGAUAUGUACAACAUACUAACAGGAUUGAAAAAGAUACAGAGGGUUUGUUUUUGUUUUGUUGUUGUUGUUUUUCCAAAGCAGGUAGGGAGGGCAGCAGAUAUUAGAAUUGUGUCCUCAAAAAUAAUAUUCAUUGUGGAGAUGGAGGGAGCAGGACUUAGAAAAAUAGUGAAUCAGUAGGUACAGCUUAACCCCAUUCACAUAGAGAUAAGUCAAGUGAACAGUCCCAGAUUUUAGCAUACUAUUUUUACUAUGAUGCUAUUUUAAUAGUAUUUUCUAAAUUUUAAAACAAAAAAGUGAAUGUUUGAAAAUUGCUGGGUCCUGAUAUUGGUGGCUGUUGGAGUUUUGGACCACUUGCUAGCAGUGAUUUAAAAAUGAAAUUAGCUGAAACCCAAAAAUAAUAAUAAAGGUAGAAAACCAACAAUUGUAUGGUGCAGAACAUGCAUCUUGACAAUGGUACUAACUUGUUACUCUCUAGAACACAUUAGAAUAGAUCUGUUUUUGCCAGAGCACCCUCCUUCAGUCCUCCAAGUACAUUUCACUAGAGUUCCUUAAGAGAUUGCUGUAUAUUCCUGGGACCUUUUUUUAAAAAGAAGCGAAACAAAAGAUUACUUUUUUCUAUGUGAUUCAUAUCUUACUUGAUCUGUUUUUUUCCUAAACCUCAGUGGCUUUUCCCUUAGGCAGGAUGGGAGGGUGGGGGCAACAUACUAGAUAUGACUUUUUUCAGAUACUUUAAAACCAACCUUUUUGUAGAAAUGCUUAAUUUUUAGGCCGUUAGGCACCAAGGGUGGCACACUCCUGCAUAUAGCUUUGCUGUUCCCUAGGCCCCGACUCUGUCUGCUCUAUCAGCUGGCAGCGAGGUCUGGAUGGCAGUGUCCUGCCUCUCACUCCUGCAUCUACUGGAAGUAGGUGUUGGCAUUGUCAGGAAACAUUUGUUAGCACAAAUAUUUCAGUCCUAUAUGUUGUACCCCCCAUUAUCAUCAUCAUCCUCAUUUUGAAAGUUCAUAUUGCUAUGGUCUGUACCUGUCAGCAAACACUAUCCACACUAACAUUUGUCUCACAAACCCUCAAGAAAACAAGUUGCUGCACCUUAUGUAUAUCUCAAGCAAACCAAAAUACUAUGUUCUUCUGCUCUGUUAUAUUCUAAAUUGUUGUAUCAUAUCUUUCUGAAACCAUUCUGCAUUUAGUUGAAAUUGUCAAUAUUUAUGCUUUUAACCCUGAUUCCUAGAUUCAAACCUGUACAUAAAUCUUCUUUUAAACAUUGUCUUUGCCCUUCUGUGCAGUGCUGGAAGCAGAAGAUUUCGUCUCAGAUGGAGACGUAGUACUCUUCCAGCUUUCUUUAGCCUUUUAUUUAUUUAGUUAUUCUGGUAUUUCCUAUGUAAUUUUGAAGUGUGUAGAAUAUAUUAUAGUAACUAAAACUGCAGCUUUUAAGAAGCUGAGUGAAAGAAAAAAUACUGUAAGACAUCCUUGAAGUUUGUAUUUGUUUGGUUACUGUAUAUGAGAUCAGGAAAGGGAAAAUGUCCCACAGCCACAUUGGAAAUUAUGAGUUCCUGUCCCUCAGAUUAGGUUACUCUGAUAGUAGAUCAAAACUCUUAAUUCAUUAAACUCCUUUUUGAAGGAUAUUGUAAUUCUAUCAGCCCUUUCCCAACAAGUAUCAGAAACUAUUUCAUUUUAUCAGCUGUUGUUUGGAAGCCACGCUGAAAUAAUCCCCAUGUCGUUGUAGUCUCCUUCCUGCCUCUACAAGUGCUAGAGAAAAGCUGGUGGAACACUAUGAACAAAAGGAACAUCUGGCCAGGUCUGGUGGUUUAGAAUCUGACGUGUUCAGUCCCUGUUGUUUUCUUAUUAGGUCAGAUGUUAUGCUAAGUCAUAAAAAUGUGUUUGCACUCUGCAGUCUUUGGCUCAAUGUAUGGAAGUGUUUGCACCAAUGUAAAAUCUCAAGCAAGUGAGAAUUGCUAUGGAACAGGCAUUAGCUAAAAACUGAAUGGCAUGCUUUGUUUAUAGGCUGGGGUGGGAAAUACUAAAUAGCUCUGUUCCAAGCUUGGCAUUUGAUGUUAAUGUGAAGCAGUGGGACCAUGCUGCCUGCUAAACUACUGUACAAGUCGCAAGUGUUCUGAAGACCAGCAGCUGGAAGCUGGAGGACAGCACGCAUAGACAGAGGAGAAGCACCACCGUUCAUCAGGGGAAAUGAAGAAAUAGGGGAGGCCCGAGUCGAGUCACCGUUUGUAAGAGGAACAUUGGGGUGAACAUGAUGCUGUUGAGAUUCACCUUUGAUUGCACUGCUCCACAGAGCCCUCAGAUAAGGCCAAUCCCCAUGGGCUACCUCGGCUUUAAAAGUUCAUUUCAGCAAGUCCUAUUUCAAAAGUCUGUUUUGCUUCUACCUUCAGUGCCACUAUUUUCCACUGCAGUGUUUUGACUCAACCCACCUUCUCCAGAGAGAACAACAUAUUGCCGAAAAGGACAGUAGAUGCAAAUGCUCUCGUCACAUUUGACCUAUGAAGUAUUCAGAGUGACUGCUAAGUGGACAUUAAAAUUUAGACUUUUCCCACAUAGGUCCUUGUUUUGCACUUUAUACAAAGUGUACUAAUUGCUAAUUAGAUUUUGCUUCUGUUUAUACAGGCGUUCCCAAAGAGUUAGAUUGAACUUGGUUUUAUUUGAGUUUGGGGAUUUUUUUUAGAAGUCUUACUUAGAUUUACUAACAACAUA